AUGGAAAUCGCCGUCGCUAUUUUGACUGGACUUGGUAUAGCGGCUUUCACACAACGAAUGACACUGACUCUUGGGAAUGACACUAAGAGCACAAACGUUCCUGCAGCACUGUUAGCUGCAGGUAUUGCCCUUGUUGGAAACUCAUUCUAUUAA